AUGAUCGCGGCGCCCAUGAUCGCGGCGUCCUUCUGGGCUCCACCCGUCACGCCGUCGCCCUUCUCCACGAAGUCCGACCACCACCCGCCGCACGCUCCCCGUGCCACGCUCUCCCAGUCUUGCGCCGCUCCUAGUGGCCUCUGCACCGCUGCCCCGCUGAAGCUGCCCGCCAGAACGUCCACGCGCAAUGCGCGCGCAAGAGAGGAGAGCGGAGUCGUGGAGCACCCGAGAGAUGAGUGCCGGAGGGAGGAGCAGCGCAAGGUGGGGGAGCUCGGACGGGGGGAUCGCGGGCGAGAGGAGCGCGGGCGAGUGGAGCGUACAGGGAAAAAGCGAGGCGGAAAUGGAGUGGCGAGCGGCGAUGGGGAGACGAAUGCGCGGAGCCGCAGGGAGCAGCGCAGGGCGAGGGAGCGCGCGCUGCUGACGGCGCUGAUGGCGGCGAGGUUGGGCGGACAGGCGACGGCGAGGGAGCGCGCUGCCGCUGCUGCGCGGAUGGUGACUCCCGCGCUGAUGCGCGCCGUGCGGCAGAAUCAAUUUGCGGGGGAGGCGGCGGCAUGGGCAAGCAGCGAGGGGGAGGCGGCAGACUGGGCGGGCAUGAGAGUGGUGGUUCAGGGCGUGUGUGUGGGCGCGGGUGACAUGGCGCGGGCAGAGCACCUGGUGCGCCUGGCGCAGGCGGCGGGGGGAGCAGCGGCGCCCAACUGCCGGGUGCUCACAGUGAUGGCGCGCGGCUACUGCCAGGCGGGGCAGCGCCGACAGGCCUAUGCGCUGCUGCAGGUCAGCCAGGCCUAUGCGCUGCUGCAGGUCAGCCAGGCCUAUGCGCUGCUGCAGGUCAGCCAGGCCUAUGCGCUGCUGCAGGUCAGCCAGGCCUAUGCGCUGCUGCAGGUCAGCCAGGCCUAUGCGCUGCUGCAGGUCAGCCAGGCCUAUGCGCUGCUGCAGGUCAGCCAGGCCUAUGCGCUGCUGCAGGUCAGCCAGGCCUAUGCGCUGCUGCAGGUCAGCCAGGCCUAUGCGCUGCUGCAGGUCAGCCAUGGCCGCCACUGCUGCAG